AUGGGCUGCCGGGAUGUUCAUGCAGCAACAGUACUGGCCUUCCUCAGUGGAACAGCCUCAGUAGCUGGACUCCUUGCAGCAGUUCUGCUUCCAAACUGGAGGCAAAUGAGACUGUACACAUUCAACAAGAAUGAGAGGAAUGUGACCGUUUACACUGGACUCUGGAUUAAGUGUGCUCGCAUUGAUGGGAGCAGAGACUGUGUGAUAUAUGACCCACAGUGGUACACUGCUGUCGAUCAACUGGAUUUGCGUGUUCUUCAGUUUGCCCUUCCACUGAGUAUGUUAACUGCUGUCUCAGCUCUGUUUCUCUGCUUGAUUGGCAUGUGUAACACAGCCUUUGUAUCCAGCGUGCCAAACAUCAAAUUGGCCAAAUGCCUCGUAAACAGUGCAGGCUGCCAUCUCGUGGCUGGCCUCUUGUUCCUGCUUGCCUGUGCCAUUUGUCUCACUCCGUCCAUCUGGGUCAUUUUUUAUAACAACUAUCUGAACAGAAAAUACGAGCCUGUCUUUAGCUUUGACAUCUCUGUAUUUAUUGCCAUUGCCAGCGCUGGCGGUCUGUUUUUCACUUCCGUUCUGCUAUUUCUGUGGUAUUGCGCAUGUAAAAGCCUACCUUCUCCUUUCUGGCAACCCCUCUAUUCCCAUGCCCCUAGCAUGCACAGCUAUGCCUCUCAGCCGUAUUCUGCACGCUCUCGCCUCUCUGCCAUAGAAAUCGACAUUCCUGUUGUGACACAUGCAUCUUAA